UCAAAAUACGCUACUAUUUUCAAUUUGGGAUGUAGCGUUGACCACUUGAUGUUUAAUAAUAAACAUAUAAACACUGCCACCUUCCGACAAUUGGAGGUAUUGAAUGUUGACCCCAGUCUUUUUGACUUUGUGUAUUCUUUUACGUAUCAAAGUGUACUGUAAAACGAAUUUAAAGCUAAUAAAACGUUGUAUGCGUGUGUAAUAUAAAGUUCUACGUGUUACUGACGUCUGUGCUGUUAUGCGCCGUUCGUGCGCAGCUUUAAUCAUUUAAAUCGCGUUUCAUCUAAAACCAGACUGAACCAAAUGCAAGCCCCUCGUCGUAGGAACAUUCGUCAAUGAAACCGAAAAUAUAUUUGUAGUUAACAUCGAACGGUUGCGCAGACGUGAAUGAAACAUGUUUAAAAAAAACUUCGGUUAAUUGUGAACAUACCCCCACCAGCAUCAAAUGGUACGGUCCAGGAAGCUUGAGCGAAACACGUUCUGUGUUUAGGGAAAUGAAUCUGCGGUUGUGAAAUUCUGCGCAGCAUCUUCAGCCUGAAAGUUGUGAUUUGGUCAGAAAUCCGCUGUUCUGCUUUUAUUUGAUAUUUAACUCAUGCAGUCGAUCACCGCUUCUUUAACCCGUAUGAUCUGCUGAAUGAAUGAACCGAGGAAGACUGUUAUUCUGGACAAAAGCAGCUCUCGGUCAUUAUUUCGCACUUCAGUGAAGCUGCUGACAUGUGGAAAUGGGAGAUCUUGAGUGUCAUUGGUGUCUUAAGCCUGGCGCUUUUUCUCAUAGCAGUGUGUUAUAUUUUAUACUCUGGGCUGACCACAGAAAUUAACAUUAAGACUGGUUUGCCCCCUAUGAGGGGCAUCACUAUAGCUUAUAAAUAUAAAGUGGGACUUUAUAAGGACUGUGCAUCAGUGUUUAAAGAGAGCUCCAGUAUUGGGCCUAAUAUGUCAUGCAUUGGGAUCUUCUAUGAUGAUCCAAAGAAGGUUCCACGACAGAUGUGUCGUUACGCGGUGGGCAGCGUUUUGAGCGAAGGUGAUGAGAGACCCAAUGAGGAACAGAAGGAACUGUAUGAGAAGCACGGCUUCCGGGUUUUCUCUUUCCCAGAGGUCACGCAUGUUGUCACAGCUUGCUUCCCUCACCGAACGCCACUCUCUAUUUUCCUGGGAGUGCAGAGGGUCUAUCCGCAACUCAAGUCCUACAUCAGGGAAAGAAAAUUGUGCGCACAUCCAUUUCUGGAGAUUUACAAAGCUGGAGUGAUCCACUACAUGAGUCCACUGGCCCGGCAGGGAGAUUUCUAUGUUCCCGAGGUCAGAGAGCCACAGAGAUGGUUACUGGGAAAAGAGUCGGAAGAAGAUGCAAGGACGGACAUCACGGGUGCCGACUCCCACAGCGAGCGCAGUUCCAUGAGCCGCCUACCUCCCUCUGAAAGUCGAGACACUUCCCCUGCUCCGUCCAGCACGCCGACUCGCUCCCAGGGAGACGGAGACAGACAGUGGGAUGACGAGCGAGACUUCGACCGCGCGGAGAGAAGCGACACCUCCAGCGUCUCCUCCUUUGAGGAGCUGGACUUUGAGUCAGACAGGACGGUGAGGUGUUACCACACCCCUACACCCCUCACAGGACCCAGCAAAAACAACCUGCAGGGUCAAGAGAGAGAGAUGAUGGUUGAGGAAGAGUAAAUAAAAACGUAAAGGAAUUAUGGGAAAUGUGAGGAAAAUAAAGUGCCAUUAAUGGAAAUGAAAUUCCAAAAAAAAUCUUUAAAGCUAAUAUUGAUUAAAUUUCCACACAAUUUUCAGAAUUCCUUUUUUAAACAAUCGACAAAUAUAAAAAUGUUUAGACAGUGUUUCUAUCUAUUCUAAAGGGAAUUAGUAGGUACACAAUGGUGCCUCUUUAUAACACAAACGAGUCAGGUAACCCGUAUAUAUCUUGAAAAGCAUAAUGAUAUUUCGGGCUCCCUAUUUAGUUUCGCAUUGGUAAAUGAAUUGUUUGUUUGUUAACAGAUUGUUCAUUUCUAAUGACAGACGUUAAACUGGCAUUCUUUUAUACCUGAAUGUGUUUAAUUAUUUUUGUAAACGUUUUGUAAUGUUCGGCUUUCAAUUAUUUACCCCUGAGCCUGAUUUAUUAUUUCAAUUCCUCUCAUUCAAUCUUCAUCCUUCAGUAAUCAGUAAUUUGCACCCAAAGAAAGAUUUCUGUGACUUGAAUAUUAAUUCAUCAAAGCCAUAUGUUUAUAGACAAAUGAAAUCUCUAUUUGCAGCAGAAACUGACUGGUAAUAUUGCUGAAGAUAACACUUCUUAAUUGUUUGCAUUUGAAGGUGUUUGAAGCAGACAUUUGUCUUAUGUGCUGUUUGAUCAUAUUUGAUCACCUAAAUGGUAUUUCCAUAUUUUGCUCAGAUAAUACAAAUACAUUUGAUCAGUGUGUUAUUCUUUUGAAUUAGUAUUUUCUUUAAGGUUAAUGUUGAUACACUUCUAGUGUGAUUUUAGUGGGUUCCUCACAAUGUGUUUUGUUAAUUUAGGAUUUUUAUAAAAGCAUCUAUGGCCCUCAGAUGAUGUGCUGAAGUAUUGAUGUUAAAAUGUUUUCAUUCACACCUGACAUACUUGAUACCUUUGUAUUUUUAUAAAGUUUAGAAUGUUGUUUUAUUGUCAUUUCUAUGAUUUGUUCUGCUAGUUGUUGAUCAACUUAAUAAAGAGUUUAGACAGAA